AUGCCAAGCAAACACAGCAGUACAGACCACCGACGAACCUCUCGUUCCAGGAGCCCUUUGGAGGAUAACAGCGUGUUUGAUAUCCCUAUGGUGAUUGAGUUUUCAGUUCCUGCGCAGCAACCCGCUAAUCGAUGGAGUGCGGGUUCAACUUCGAACUUCAACAGAGGAGCACCUGCACCAAAGAGUUCAAGGCAAGAUGACAGUGACGAAGACAUCCCUAUCAUGAUCAGUGUGCGUGGUCCAGCGGGUUGCGGCGAAAGCAUUACCACCCGCUCUUCUGUGGGUACCGGGAAUUGCACGGGCGGCUCACGGGGACAAAUAAGUCAAGGCACGGGAAUGUCUUCUCGCACCUCCCGCACCAACAUGACGAGACGUCGAUCUUCUAUUGGGCCCCCCAAUCUGCCGAGGAGGCAAAGAAGUGGUAAAAUGAAGUUGAUUGAGAUCUAUCGGUGA